AGGCCUAGCUAUGGACUAAAAACUGAAGGCACGCUGAAAUCGACGCUGUGUGGUUUAAGCAGCCAACUGUCCCACCGGUUUAUCUUUAAUUUAUUAUUUUAUUUUUUUUUAUUUAAAAAAUUAUCUUUUAUUUUUAAACGAGGGAACAUUAGCCUGUGGAGGCCAAGGGCAGUCAUGAAUCAUUAGACCACUGAUUUCAUGAAUAAAUUAAUAUCGCUGUUUUAGAGUAGGCUAUAGUAGUUAUCAGUAAACAAAUGAAUCGAUUAAAAAUGAAAAAAGAACAGUUAAUUCCAUUUCUAUUUUUCGUAUAUGAAACUAAAAAACAAAACAACGACCGAUUGGUUAUCUCCCCCAAUCCUUGUUUAGGAUCAAGUCGAAAAACUAAUGUCUGCCUGAUGCCCCUUUAUUUAACUAGCGUUACUGCAUGCAGUAGUAACAUGCAGAAGUAACAACAUUUUGACUAAAAAGGAAGAUAACGAGAGGACACUUCUUUUUUUUUUUUUUUUUUUUUUUUACCACGCCCUGUAAAAAUGCGACAAGUAUUAUCACAAGGAAGAGACGCUCAAGAAUGUGUUAACUUCUUCAGAGUUCGUAUUCGGAUGCAACUGACAGCAGAAAUAGACUCUUGAUCAUAGUCAUCAUAAAUAUUUUAACUAGAUAUUGUGGGGAUCAGGUUGAUUUGAAUUAAGGAUAGGUUUUACUGUUAGCUAUAUUAUAAUUGGCUGUUUUACUUCUUUCUUCCAUGGCUGUCAGAAGAAGAUGCCGCAAACUAUUCGUGAUAGUUUGUACAAUUAGUACAUUUAUUUUUUUUCUCCCUCCUCCAGAAAUUGAAAACACACCACAGUCUAGUGAACAGACGCAGAACUGCAAUAAACUGUUUGACCAGAUUGUUGCCAUGAAGUCAUUGAAAAGCAUACAUAAUUUCACAAAGUUCUUCUUGGAAGUGAAGAAAAUAAUGAGCUGCCCCUGGACCAGUAACCUCACCCAGCAAAUUAUUCACAAGAUGGAUCUGCACACUGAGUGUAAUGCCAGUGGUACACUGUUUGUAACACGGGAGAACACACAUUUGGGACAAACUUUAACCUAUGAGGUGCAAAGGAAAUCUACCAAGGUAGUGGACAAAAUGCUGUACAACAUGCUGCCUCGGGCUGCGCCCUGGGGGAUCUCACGUGUGCUUGGGCGCUGUGCGGUGGUGGGGAAUGGAGGGAUUCUGAAGAAUAGCAGCUGUGGGGAGAAGAUCAACUCCGCUGAUUUUGUCAUCAGACUGAACUUGCCCCCAAUGAACUACAGCUCUGACGUUGGUGUCAAGUCCAGCCUGGUCACCAUCAACCCUUCUCAGAUUACCCAAAGCUUCAUGGGCCUCUGUAAUGCACGAAAGCCUUUUGUUGACAAAGCAGCUGCACAUGGAAAUGCCUACCUGGCCAUUGCUCCUUUUUCCUAUGUAGUUGGCACUGAGCUUUCCUUUCGUGUCUUCCACACCAUGAAGGACAUGAGACCCCAACAAGAGGUAUUGUAUUUCCACCCAGACUACUUAUUCAGGCUGGCUCGCUACUGGCAGAAACAGGGACUAACAGGGUUGCGUCUCUCCUCUGGGUUUAUGCUGGUGAGUGUGGCCCUGGAACUUUGUGAGAAGGUGGACAUCUACGGUUUCUGGCCCUUUCCUACGGACCUGAUUCAGAAGCCAGUAACCCAUCACUACUAUGACAAUGUUGUAGCCAAACAAGGGGUGCACGCCAUGCCUGAGGAAUUCUUGACGCUGCUGCACAUGCACAGCCAGGGGGUUCUCCAGCUACACGUAGGGAAGUGUCAGUGAAGCCCUUAUCGAUAAGGGUCUUGGGGACUGCCAUUUUUCAGUGGUAAGUGUGUGUUACCAGACUCAAAUUUUCCAUUUGGUUUUGAGAAGUUCUGUAUUCAGCUCUGUUCUGUUCAUUCAGAUGUUUCAGUCACUUUAUGUACAUGUCGCUGUCGGGCCGG